UAGCAUGGUGGCGAUAACCAUGGUCACUCGGCUUAGGGCGGGGCAGAUGCGGGGUGGGCAGGUCCAUGGUAGAGCACCUAUACACGUCCAACUUCCCAUGGCCGACGGUGUACCCUAGAUACCAUCUGCCUACUCUGCUUCGAAUCGUCACAAAGUACAUAUCUUCAGCAGAUUUCGUCCCAAAGCCCCAUUCCCGUGAUCUCUCCGUGGGGGUUACACGGGUGUACAUCCCACCAUUUCGUCAUAAUGAGUCUUUAGCGUACUCUACAUAGCAGCGGUGAUAUCAAUGUAAAAAGUUUCCCAAACCUCACCAACCCCACCAACCCCACCACCACCAGACACCACAGCACAGUACAGCAACAAUGGUGCGCAAAAACGCCAACAACCACACCAAAGGCAAGGACCGGUACAAGUCCGCGGGGCGCAACACGGCCGUUCAAUCCGACGACCCGGAGCAUCCCGUUGUGCGGCCGCCGUUUAAAGCGGCGGCCUGGGACCUCGGCCACUGCGACCCCAAGCGGUGCUCAGGGAAGAAGCUAUUUCGUCUCGGCCUCUUGAAGCCUUUGGCAAUCGGACGGAAGCACGGUGGGAUCGUGAUCACGCCGAACGGCAAAUCGGUAGUUUCGCCUGCGGAUACGGAGCUCCUCGUAUUGCACGGCGCGGCGGUCGUGGAGUGCUCGUGGGCGCGGCUGGACGAGGUGCCGUUCGCCAAGAUCGGCGGGAAGAAUGAGCGGCUGCUGCCGUACCUGGUCGCGGCGAACUCGGUGAAUUAUGGCAAGCCCUGGAGGCUCAAUUGUGUUGAGGCGCUGGCCGCGUGCUUUGCAAUUUGUGGCAUGUGGGAGUGGGCGGAGAUUAUUCUUGAGCCGUUUACCUACGGCGAGGCGUUCCUGGAGAUUAAUAGGGAGAUCUUGGAGCGCUAUGCGGCGUGUGAGGAUGCGGUCGGCGUCAAGGAGGCGGAGGCCGCGUGGAUGGUGAAGCUCGAGGAGGAGUAUGCGGAGUCGCGCGCGGAGGGGCCGCGGGAGAGGGAAGAGGAGGAGGGCGUGGAGCAUGAGGUCCGCAGUGGCGAUUUGCCGCCGAGUGAUGACGACGACGAUGAUGGCUACCAGGAGUAUCUGAGACAGAAGGUGCUCAACUCGAAGGCGUUUGCGAAUCCGGAGCCGGUGGAGAAGAAGAAGCCGGUUGCUGUGGAGGGCGCGGAGGAGCACGGAGAUUCGGAUCCGGAUUAUGGAAGUGACAAUGAUCACGAUUCGGAUGAUGGGAUUGUCGAUGCUACGCCGGUGCACGAAGACGCCGGACCUUCCAUCAUCCAGCCGUUCAUGAGGGACCCGACGGGAGAGACGAUAUCGUUCAUGAUCUCGAGGCGCGAGAUUUCGGCUCCGAAGAGGGGAAUUGGCUCUUGAUUGAGGAAGUGCAUUGCAUCUAUGUUCUUGUCCUUAUGCUUACUGGCGUUCUGGGGGGGUUUUGUUUUCGAGGGAAAAAUGUGCGAAAUGUCAUUAGUUCGGGCU